ACAACUUUCAUGAAACGAACAAACUUGGAGAGGGCGGUUUUGGUCCUGUUUAUAAGGAAUUUUUAUCGGAAUUUGGGAUGGUAGCCAUCAAGAGACUAUCCAAGCAAUCAUCUCAAGGGUUGAACGAGUUCAUGAAUGAGGUAAAGCUAAUUGCAAAACUACAACAUACAAAUCUUGUGCGCCUAUUGGGUUGCUGCAUUGAGGAUGAAGAAAAAAUAUUGAUUUAUGAGUACCUGCCCAAGAGAAGUCUAGACACGUUCUUAUUUGAUACAUUUCAAAAAGAAAUUUUAGAUUGGAACACGCGCUUUCAAAUAAUAGAAGGAGUUGCUCAAGGAAUUCUUUAUCUUCACAAGUACUCUAGAUUGAAAGUCAUUCAUCGAGACUUAAAAGCAAGCAAUAUUUUACUUGACGAAGCAAUGAAACCCAAAAUAUCAGAUUUUGGGAUGGCGAGAAUUUUCGAGAUUGACCAAACUCAGGCGAAAACAAAUCAUGUGGUUGGAACAUAUGGCUAUAUUCCACCGGAAUAUGUAUCUGAGAAAUCCGAUAUAUACAGUUUUGGAGUGCUGCUAUUGGAAAUUGUUAGUGGCCAUAGGAAUUCUAAUUUUAUUGAGACUCAACUUUCUGUAACCCUCCUAGGAUGGGUAGGCAUUUUCAAUAACUUCAUGAUUUGGAUAUAUAUUAUAUCUAGACAAGAAGAAAUAUAUGACAUGGUUUCUUUUAUUUUUAUUUGUUUGUAUUAG